GCGGUCCCAAUCUUCCUCUUCUCUCCUCGUCCCAACUCCCCCAACCACGAACGCAUCUCACAAGUCCCAACCAGGCCGCCGCCGCCGCCGCCCACCUUCUCUUCAUCCGGAAUCCGGCCUCCGUCGCCCAUCUAGACCCCAGCCGCUGCCGCCGCUUCACCCGGAAGGUCGGAACCCCAGCUUCCGCCGACGUUCUCUUCCCCCAGACUCCCGGCCCCAGCCACCGCGGUCGAGCCGGGACACCGUCGGCACGCCCUUCACCCAAUGCUCCGUCGCCUCCCUCUAGUUCAUCCGACGCUACCCCUGCUGUGAAUCUGCAAGUUUCGUUCAUGGAGACCUUUUCCUCAGUUCUUCGUAUAAAUUCAUUUGUAGUAGUAGCCCUGUGCAUGUUUCUUUAAAGAAUUUGAUGCAAGACCAAAUAUUUGGAUACAUAUUUAGACUUUUAGAGUAAAGAUUUCAGAUUGAUAAAAGACUUGUUACUCAUUUUAAAUUGUGACCCCUCGUCUCAUUUAUGGAUAUACGGAUCUCUACUACUGUCUGAAUACUAUUCAGAAUCGCACCUAUCUGAAUGACUUGUGUGGUGUCUUUUCCUGUGAAUGGAAUUCAAUAGGGUGUUUUGAAUGCUCUUCUUUGGCAAGAAUCAUGUCUUUGACUGUUUCAUUGUUUUUUCAAGAACCUAAUGUAAAAUUAUUUGACAGACACUCAUUGCAAAAUUGCAGUAUACUUGUAAGAAUGAAUUUUGAAAGUCUGACUUUGCACAACCAUUGGGGAAUAUUACAACAGACAUGGCAGUGAAUCAGUCAUCUGGAACUCUUCUGAAAGAAAUUGAGAAUCUUAUCAAUCUCAUCUCAUUGAGUGCUGCAUUUGCCUCAGCUACGAUGAUGAUGCAGAGCUCUGUGCCUCAGCAUACAUGUUGGUAACAUAUAUUAUCGAAACACGAGGGCACGACGGCAACGGCCAUGGCUUCGCCGGAGCUCCGCGGCAGCGACGGCAGCAGCUACGAUUUCCACCUCCGCUCGCUCUCUGCGGCCUCACGGGACUCCGCUGCAGCCGCUGACCCCGCCUCCGACCCCAACCUCCUCCAAUCCGUGAGGAGGGUGUGUGAGAUGUGCCGAGAGGCGAAGGAGGCGAGGGACGAGAUGGUGGCGCGGGCGUUCCCGGUGAUGAGCAAGCUGUUUCAGCGAUGCGCCACUGCUCCGACGCAGGCCGUGGCCUCCACCGGCUCGCUGCUUCUUACCAUUCUGCAAUUCGUCCUGGACUUUGGGGAGGCAGUCUUGCAUGAUGCUGAUGAUAGUUUGAAAACCUUCUUCCGCUCUUGCUUAAGUAGGGAGUUCGCGGAUCCUAUUGUUGCAGAGCGCACACUUGAAUUCCUUAUAGCAAACAAGACAAAGAUCCUUGGUUCUUUUCCCACCUUGAUUCCACAGUUUUAUCCGUUGCUGUUGAAGUUAAUUGCAUCAAAUGGUGAGAGACUGGAAAAGAAGUUUUUGGAAGUACUUCCAUUAAUGAUGUCAGCAGGAUCUUUUCUUCCGCUCUUCCUGUCCCUUAUGGAUCUGCCAAUGUUGGUGGUGGCACUGGAGAAGGUGGAAAGAAGUUCUGGAACUCUUAUUGGUAGUAGUAUAGCUACAAUUCAGAAGAGCGCUGCUCCUGAGAUGCUUCUUGCACUGAUGGAUGAGGCAUACACUGGUUCUGCAAUAGAAGAUUCUAGUGGUAUUUCAGGUUCUGAUGAUAGUAGCCCUCUAGACCUCGCUGACCCGAUGUUCCUAGAUCUUCUAAAAGAUGAGAACGAUGGCAUUGCUGCAAAACAUUGGAUAUCCCCUACAAUAUCUUCGACACUACAAGCAGCAGUUAACAGCACACAAUCAGACAGAUUAAAACAGUCGCUGGAAAUGGCACCUCGCUUUCUUUCUUUGUAUUUUGCAACUGCAUUGCGGGAUGUUAACGACUCGCUGUUGUGUGCUCUUGUUCCAGUAGUUAUGUCAAGAUAUGCUGCAAUGUUCCCUGACAAGGUUUUCUCAUUCGAGGUUAGGAAAAGACUGUCGGAUUUCAUAUUGGCUGCUUUCCAGCGGUCUCCUGACAUCAUUGCGAUACUAAAGAAGCCUAUUACUGACAGACUUGGUGAGGCUUAUGAUGAUCCUGGAAAGACAGAAUUAGCAUUGCACUUGUGCUGGGCCAUUGGUGAGCAUGGAGCUGGAGGGAUAAAUCGCAAAGAUGUAGCUCGUGAACUAUUUGAAAAUUUGGAAUUGUUACUGUAUGAAAACCUGGCAACUAGUCGUUUGGGAUUAAGCCAGGAACCGGGAUUUGAUUCGAUGGGUGCAUCUUCUAGAAAAUCAUCCCAAGCUAGGCUCCUCUGCUUCGUGGUGACGGCAAUUGCAAAACUAGCAACAUGCCACAGUGAGUUGCUUCCGAGAGCACGCGUAUCAUUGGCUAAGGUUGCUCGUACCCGAACCUCAGACAGGAGAGUCUGGCAACGUGCCUGUGACUAUUUGGGGCUCAUGAAUGAACCGGCCAUCUGUUUAUCUGUACUGGGACCGUCCACUGCCCAAGGAAAUGGUCCUGGUAUUGUUGACUGGAGCGAAGGAGGAACAAAGAUGGUAGCUCAUGUUCCCUUUUACCUUUUAGCCGAGCAAAAAGGUCCACCAUUUCAUGAUUUUUCAUUUGCGGACCUCCUCCCAAGACAGAAUGAAGAGAAAUUACCUUCAUGAAUAUAUCAUGAGGGCCAUGGUUCAGGUACUGAUUUCGCUAGCAGAAUGCCAUGUCCAUAGAGAACUUAUUUCGUGAUCAUAGGAUGCUGAAGAUCCAAGCUCAUUUUCAAGAAAAGGAAUUGUAUUGUAUCAGUUACAUGAUUUUGAUUAUUUGAGAGGCACUCAGGGCUCGAGUUUGUACAUGAAGUGACUCCUGCUUCUUCUGAGGGGAAAACAGUGUUGUAAAUGUAACGUCUCUGCCUCUAUGUACAUCAGAAGGAUAAGUUGUACUUGUACCAUAUGAAACGGCUCCUAAA